AUGAACUCGUACAGUUCUAAAAAGUUGCUAAAGCUGAACGGCAGGGAAUGUUGCAAGAAUGCUGGACAACUAACCUGCAAAGAUGGUGAUUGGCUGCAAUCCGGUACACUACCGUCACUGCCAUUCCUUUGUUUACUUUUGAGUGCGGCUUCAAUACUACUCCCUAAGACCGAAGCUCAAAACACUGGAAAACCGGCACGUAUAGUUUGUUACUUCAGUAAUUGGGCAAUCUAUCGACCGGAUGUGGGGCGCUAUACGAUCGACGACAUACCUGGCGAGAUGUGCACUCAUAUUAUUUAUUCAUUCAUCGGAGUCGACGACAGCAAUUACAAGGUUCUAGUCAUUGAUCCAGAGGUAGAUUUGGAGCAGAACGGUUUUAGAAAUUUCACCAAUUUGAAAAAUAAGUACUCCAAUGCAAAAAUGAUGAUCGCUGUUGGUGGUUGGGCUGAAGGAGGCAAAAAAUAUUCUCAGAUGGUUGCUGUUAAGGAACGUCGAGCUUCGUUUAUUGCUAGUGUGGUACAAUUCAUGAAGGUUUAUAAUUUUGACGGGUUCGAUUUAGAUUGGGAAUACCCAGGAGCAGCUGAUCGUGGUGGUAGCUACGGAGAUAAAGAUAAGUUUUAUUACUUUGUGGAAGAGCUAAGAAGGGCUUUUGAUAAAGAAGCUAGAGGAUGGGAAAUCACGAUGGCAGUUCCAGUGGCAAAUUUUAGACUGCAAGAGGGCUAUCACAUUCCAGAGUUAUGCGAAAACCUAGAUGCCAUCCAUUGUAUGACGUACGACCUCCGCGGAAAUUGGGCUGGUUUCGCAGAUGUUCACAGUCCUUUGUAUAAAAGACCGCAUGAUCAGUGGGCAUACGAGAAAUUGAACGUGAAUGACGGUGUUCAACUUUGGGUCAACUAUGGCUGUCCACCAGAUAAGCUCGUCAUAGGUGUUCCAUUCUAUGGCAGAACAUACACUCUCAGCGCAAGUACAACUAACCCUACUCUUGGAUCUUACAUAAAUAAGGAAGCUGGUGGAGGUAGCCCAGGACCUUACACCAAUGCCACCGGUUUUCUAGCAUAUUAUGAGAUUUGUACGGAAGUGCAAGAUGAAGAAAAGGGUUGGACAAAAAAAUGGGACGAAGUUGGUCUCUGCCCAUACACAUAUAAGGGUACGCAGUUUGUCGGUUACGAAGACGUUGAAUCGCUUCAGCAUAAAAUGCGAUGGAUAAAAGAGAAAGGAUACGCAGGUGCAAUGACUUGGGCUAUAGAUAUGGAUGAUUUUCAUGGGUUAUGUGGACCAGAAAACGCUUUGAUGAAAGUGCUUUAUGAAAGUAUGAGCGACUAUAUAGUUCCGGAGCCAACCAUAUCUACAACGCCAAGGCCUGAAUGGAAUCGCCCACCAUCCACUCAACCAAGCACAGAGGAUGGUCCACUUCCAGCAACGUCAAGUAGCACAACUACGCGUCGUCCGAAGUCAACCACAAUGGCUCCUCCGAAGAGAACAACUACGCAAAGAACAACGACUACGCCAGCUCCAAUAACAGAGGAAAUAGAUAAUAACCCUGAGCCAGCCCCAGUUCCAGCACCACCUGACUAUGAGGAGCCCUCAGAGAUCGAGUGCUUAGAAAAUCAAGACUUCGUGCCAUCAGAUGACUGUACCAAGUAUUACCGAUGCGUUCACGGGCAACCGGUAGAAUUUACUUGUAAAGAGGGCACUGUUUUCCAUACAGUGUUGAAUGUAUGUGACUGGAUUGAGAACAGUGACCGUGCUGAAUGUAAAGGAGAAGCGAAGACUGUUGAUGAUGGUUUUUUGGAUAGCACAAAACACGUUAAGAGAGAACAAGACGUACCCGAAAUGGGAAAUUUUGUGCAUGAUCGUCUGGAAGGCAACAUGGGAGCGUCGCAAAAUAAACCCGGACAGUACAGCGUAAGCGUAAUCAGAAAAGGAUUGCUGGCGACUGCAACAUUGUUGUUAUUGUUCGCUUCAGUAUCAGCAAUUGGAGAUGAAAAACCUCGUAGGUUGGUUUGCCACUAUACCACCUGGUCACAAGGUCGUGCUGGAGAUGCUUCCUAUCGCGUUGAAGAUGUUCCAGGGCAUUUGUGUACCCACGUGGUGUACAAUUUUAUCGGUAUUGAUGAAGAUACGUAUGAGCUCAUGCCGUUGGAUCGCGAAAUUGAUAUAGUGCAGAAUGGAUUUGGGCGCUUUGUGGAUUUGAAGAAAAAAUUUCCUCACUUGCGUGUGUCAAUCGCUGUCGGGGGAUGGGCUCACGGAGGAGAAAAAUUUAGUAAAAUGGCUGCAUUUAGACGACGGCGUCAGGCGUUUGUUCUGAGCGUGGUGUCCUUCAUGGAACAGUAUGGUUUUGACGGUUUGGAAAUAGCAUGGUUGUACCCUGGAAAUCCGGAACGUGGAGGCAAUGUGAACGACAAAGAUAAUUUUAUUUACUUGGCGGAGGAAUUAACACGAGCUUUUAAAAAAAUUGGACGUGGUUGGGAAUUGGCAUUGCAGGUGCCAGCAGAUAAAUCCCGGCUCGGAAUUGGCUAUGAGAUCGAUGCUCUUUGCGAGGCUACUGAUUAUGUUCAUAUUAUAGGAUAUGAUUUACGUGGUUGGUGGAAUAAUUUUGCAGAUGUACAUAGUCCCAUGGCAGAUCGACCACAUGAUCGAGGCAAUUUUCGUGGAAUCAAUGUCCAGGAAGGCGUUGAACAAUGGCUUUCAAAAGGAUGCCCGCCGAAUAAAGUCGUACUUGGAGUUCCCAUGCUUGGUCGCACAUACAUUCUAGCCAAUUCGCAAGAAAAUAGUAUUGGUUCAGGGACUACAGGACCUGGUCCUGCAGGUCGGUAUACUCAUGAAGCUGGAUACUUGGGGUACUUCGAAAUAUGCCUGAAGUUUAAGGCAGCGCGAUCGAACUGGCGAAAACUUUGGGAUGAUGUUGGACUAUGCCCUUACGCUUAUCAGGGACGUGAGUGGAUUGGAUACGAGGAUGAACAUUCACUACAAGAGAAGGUAAAUUUUGUUAAACAAAAGCAACUUGCUGGAAUAUAUGCAUUCUCUCUGGACUUGGAUGAUUAUCGUGGUGACUGUGGUGGAGAACGGUAUCCUCUUACGCGCGAGCUGUUCAAAUAUAUUGAGGAAACGAAGCAAGACAGCGACAUUACUAUCGCGAUUGAUCGACUACCAUGGGCACAAUAAAACUAAAAUUGAGAUUAAAACUGAAA